GGCUUUAGACUCUGAGCCGUUCAACAAAUUGGAAUAGAGUUGCCUGUCAACAGAUCUACAUCUCUCCCCAGCUUGCAUCUCCGUUUGCUGUGCAGACGCAUUCAUCGUCUCACACUCGCCCUUCACUAUGUUUGCCAAAUUUCCGCAGAAGCUCACUGCGCCGUUCGGACUCUUGUCGGAUGAGGCCAAGUUAGCAUUUCGAAGUAAACCAGACGGGAUAUCCAAGCUUUUCAGCACAAGGAAUAUAUCUGAAACAGACGCUUAUUGGGAUCAAUAUUUCACGCUGUUUGAUACACCUUCAGAUGUAUUCUCAUUGAUUACGUCUCAAGACGUACGCCGGGCAUUGCUCGAAGCACCUGAGAACGUAGCAAUGCUCAUUCGCGUCACGACAUCUCGGUUGUUCAAUCUUGUGUCCGACCAUACAUUUCCCACUUCCAAUCCUACCUUAACUUCGUAUGCAUCCUCCUUCAUGAAAGUUGGCACAUCGGAACGGAACACAACCAAGGAAGUGCUCAACAGUCUCCGCGUUCUGCAGAGAGUACUGCCUGCGGUGUUUGAAGUUCAAGGGGAAUCGAACGCUUUCGAGCUCGAGAUCCUGUGGAAAAAGGUGGAGGUCAACGAAGACCAGAACAACCUAGCACCGGAUGACGCUGCACAAUUUGUCAUUGAGGAUGAUGAUGAUAGUGACAAUGGCGACGAUCCAGCCCAUACAGCGCUGGCUUCCCCUUCCCCUUCGAAAGGUACCUCCAAGCUGAAGAAGACCCUACCUUCGUUGGGAGAGAAACUCUUCGGGUGCAUCAUGGACCUUCUGUUCUGCUGCGGAUUUACCCUACCGUCGAAGAUACAAGUCGACCAUUAUAAGAUCAACUAUGUAAUUUGGGAGAAGGGUGUGGGAUCUACCACUGACCAAGGUCCUAACGCACAAUACGAUUCAAACAAGGUCGAGGUUUUAAGGCUGUUACUCGUGCUCUUGUCUCGGCAGAUUUAUGUCCCCCCGUCCGCACUGUUUAACAAGCCAUCCUUUUAUAGCCUUCAUAUCGUCAGAAAGAUGCGUCGGCGGGACGUUCUGACGCUCCUUUGCUCGUUGAUGAAUACUGCGUUGAACACUACAUCGGAGCAGAACAUAUCAAUAGGAAACGUGGCCGGCAAGCUACCCUACAAUCAUCUUGUUUUCAAAGGCGAAGACUCCAGGAUGAUUCUUAUUAGCAUGUGCUUAGAGACGUUGUGCGCCUUACUGGACUUCCAGAGCGGACCAGCGAGAGACAUUGUCACUGGUACCGACGAAGCUGCACCCACGGCUCAAACCAAUGCGUUCCGAUACUUCUUGGCCAAGCUCCACCGUUCUCAAGACUUCGUUUUCAUCUUAAACGGCCUCACUACUAUAUGGGCACAACAACUUGGGAUUGUCAACAACUUACUUCCUGGAUCCAGGAAAUCGCUGCCAUAUGUCCCUGACACUGUUAUCUUGUUCUGGAAACUCAUUGAGCUGAACAAGAAAUUCCGAGCAUUUGUAUUGGAUUCCGAUCAUGCCAACGAUAUCCUGGGAUACCUUCUUUGCUAUUCGCUCGACAUCAAGGACAAACCUCAGCAACACGGAAUGUGCAGAGCGAUAUCAUACAUCAUCCAAACUUUGUCUGCUGAGCCUGCAUUUGGCUCGAGGCUGAGUUCAGCCAUGAAGAUACAGGUGCCAUCCAAAUGGGCAACACCUGGAACCACAGCCGAUUUCAUGAUAAUUGCUAUCUACUCCAUAGUGGCAACCACUUCCGGUACUCUCAACUCACUGUAUCCAGCCUUGAUCAUUUCUCUAUCGAACGCGGCACCGUAUUUUAAAAAUCUAUCGGUCAUCUCUUCUACGAGGCUUAUGCAACUCUUUGCAUCCUUCUCUAAUCCUCACUUCCUUCUUUCAGACGAAAGCCACCCACGACUGCUGUUUUUCCUGCUAGAGAUGUUUAACUCAAUCAUAUCUCAUCAUCUUACCGAAAACCCCCAUCUACUAUAUGCUAUCCUCUCGGCUCACAAGACAUUUGAGGACCUCGGAACAUUUACGUUAGCACGUGGUCUACGUGACAUCCAGCGCAGUCGGACCCUCAAAGAAGAGCAAACUCACAGAGAUGAACAGCAAUCACAGGGAGGCAAAGGGUUGGGCCAGGUUGAGGGUGCGCACGAAGAGAAGGCAAGGCUUCUUCGAACAGAAAGCGAUCAAGCGCUUGGCAGCGCCGCUGAGACCGUCUUUGCUGUGGAUGACGAAGAAGACCAGGAAGACGAGGCAACUGGGACUACUGGCGCAGCAGAGGUAACUCGACCAUUGAUGUCCCCCACUUCAGAGAUAUCUCCACCAACGACAGGUCCUUCAGAAAAAGUCAAAGGAAAAAUGAGAGCGAGAAGAUCUAUAUCAGUGGAUGAGGCAGGCACAGCGGUGUCUGCGGCGAGUGUUGGAAGAAAUGGCUUCGUCCCCACUCAGGAAUGGGUGACAUCAUGGCAGCAAGGAUUGCCACUGGAUGUCGUCAUGCUAGUGAUAUCUGAGCUACUCCACAAAGUCCAAAACCUGCAAGCAGGGCGUCAAAAGGCUGCUACUACGGGGGCUAUCACCGACUUCUUAAGGACCGUCGAUCUGUCAAAUGUUCUACCGGCCACGCCUCCUCUUUACCCUAGGCACUUUGUCUGGUCGGAUGCGUCGGUGAUAUGGCUAACGUCCCUGAUUUGGGGAGACAUCUACGUUCGCGGGAUGUCGCCACUUGGAAUAUGGAACGCGACCAACGUCCGGUUGUUCUAUGUGAAACACGCACAGGCCCAGCAGCGACCAAUUUCUGAAGCCAUGACGAGCGUGGUAGGCUUCCUAACACCUAGGGGUCAACGGCCAGAGAGAACUUGAUGGUCACGGACUACACAUAUCGAGUGAUGUCCCUCCUCGUUUCUAUUCAUUAGUGUCAAUAUAAGGAGUUGGAUUAGGAUGGGACUAUUUGUUGUUUUCGAUUCCCGCAAUGGAGCUUCAAAAACGUCGCACCCUCUUUGCCUCCCCGAUAUUACAUAUGGUAAAGUAUGCUAAAAAAGUGUAGAUUACAAGGGCAUUGAUGAAGAGAGGUCUUCAAGGCGGGUGAAGAUGUGGGCGUAGCGGAUAGGUCCGCCUUCUUGAAACGUCGAUCUUAACGCGGGCAGGCGGCCGAGGAAUGUGCUUGUUGCCGCUAGGGAUAUCGGGCAAAACCAGAUCUUCUUCGUCUUCUUCCAUGAUUUGACCAACAAGUGUUCUCUGCUUCUGCUUUGCUAUUUCUUCAAAUUCAUUGUCAUGACUUGGAUGAUGAGAAGGGAAGGCAGUCAAAUUAAUGGCAUGAAGCGAGACGGCAGCCUUUUCAGCCAGUUGCGACAAAGGGACCGGGGCUGGGACAGCUGGUCUGGUUGGUAGACACACAGUCUUCACUUGAUAACCAUCGGGAUGGGUUUCAUUGAGAUGUCUUUGAAUAUCUCUUGCAAGGAACAUGUACUCACACCCUACACAACCAUUGUGAGCGUGCAGGAUGCAGUGUAGCAUGCAAGGCAAGAAUGACCUUGUGCAGGGCAUGGGAGAGGUUGUCGCUCCAAGUGGCUGGUGUUGACAUGCUCCUUCAAACUCUGGGUAGUUCGCUGAGAUCGUGCAGUACACUUAGACAUAUAGCACUGGUAUCCGCCCCAAGUCUGUUCGGCUCGGGCCACAUGCCUAUGAAGAUGCUUUUGCAGUCUGUCGAGAGAAUUCAGUGUGCUUGUACAUUUUCCCCAUUCACAUUUGAUGGGAUAAACAAUGGACCUCGAGAGCGACACAAC